UCACAAGCAUCCAACAUCGUCACCGGUCUUGUUGAAAUUCUCGAUCUAGCAGCUCUCUAGUGCCAAAAUAUUCCUCCCGCAGUGAGGAUCGCGUACGUGCGUGAGUUCGAUCCAUUUCGACGCGUUUCGUGAGUGGUGCGUGAAAGGAGCAAAUAUUUCAGUAAUCAGUGCCAAUUGUGAUUUUUUUUAUUGUGUUUAAAUCAACGAACUAAAUAACUUUUGGAAUCGACAAAGGAUAUCAUGCAGAGCCAACGAAGGCAAUCCGCCGGUUCGGCCAUCCCGAAAGCGCCGGCCGUCAAGCGGCGUAUGUCCCGCCACGGUUCGGUCCUGAUUGAAACCACCCCGCGGCAGAUCCCGUGGGACCUCGUCGAUCGUCUGCUGGUUCCAAUCAUCGGCUGCCACGCGGCCGCCAUUGUUUGCUCCGGUGUGUUCAACUUUCUCGGAAUUUCCCAAGUGUCGGCCUUCGUGCUGUUCCUGUUCUUCUCGAUCCUGACCGUCGGAGCCGCCAUCGGAUUCCACAGCCUUAAGGUUUCACCGCUCGGCAAGGGAGUGCUCAUCACUGGAUGCGAAUCGCCGUUGGCUCGGGCUCUGGCUAGACGGCUGGAUGAUUUGGGAUUUACGGUGUUUGCCGGCUUCAAGGCCCUGGAUGAGAGCACCGAAGCCGAAAUGCUCAAGGCAAUGUCUUCCGGUCGGUUGAAACCGAUCCCACUGGAUGUGACCUCGGAGGUGCAGAUGUUGGAAGCGUCUUUGUACAUUGCGGAGAACUUGCCGGAGGGAGCCGACGGACUGUGGGCGUUGGUUCACUGCGACAUGUGGUGUGCCCUUGGCGAGCUGGAGUGGAUCCCGUUCCCGGUCAUGAGGAAGUCCUUCGAUAUCAAUGUGCUGGGAGCCUCCCGUCUGUCGCAGAUCAUGCUGCCGUUGAUUCGCCGGGCCAAGGGCCGUGUGGUGUUCCUCUCGUCGGCCAUCGCUCAUAUCCCAUCGCCGGUUCGCGGAAUCCAGUGUGCCACCCAAGCGGCCAUCGAAGGCCUGGCGUCCUGUUUGCGCCACGAACUGAAGACCCGUGCCGUCAAUGUGUCGAUCGUUUGUGCCAGCGAGUUUUCGUCCGGUGAUGCCUGGCUCGACGAUACCAAGAUGAUGGACCAAGCCAAAGCCAUGUGGGAACAGCUGAGCGACGAGCAGAAAUCGGAGUACGGAGAGGACUACUUCGAGACGGCCAUCCGCUCGCUGGAAAAGUACACCAAUACG